AGCAGUCGCUCUCCGGCGCACCGAAUUCGCACCUGCGCUUCAGACAGUUGAAGCACAAGAUCUCGUAGAUAUGUGGAGGUUGUUUACGUGCAACGUCACUAGGAGACGUGAGCUUCCACAUGGAACGGAGUCGCAGCGUUGGCGCCCAACACGACAACUGCGACAUCCCUCGAUUUUUUUGUUUUUUUUUUCAAGACGGGUUUUGCUCGGUUUUGGGCCUGAAGUUACACUCGCAAUUUCUCAUUCACCCCACAAUCUUAUCUUUCCACCUACGGCGAGAUAGCUUGACAACCCGUAGCAUCAUGCAGUCUAGAGAAGAGCAGUAGGAGGAGACUCGACUUGUUCAGAAAUAAAUAUAUUCGAAGUCUUUCCAGCGCAAGCAUUUUCUUAAGCUCGAGGGCCAAAUGUUUGCUCUCCGUUCCCUGCUACGGUCACCCGCGCUUCGAAGGGCACCGCCCUUGCUCUUCACCCCCCAGCUCCAUUUAGUACGACGGGCAAUUUCGUCAGUGAGCACUGGCAGAACCCCCUUCCUCCUCGCCGACAUCGGCGAGGGCAUCGCCGAAGUUGAAGUUAUUCAAUUCUUCGUUGAAGAGGGUGACAAAGUCUCCCAAUUUCAACCGCUCGUGGAGGUACAAAGCGACAAAGCUACUGUUGAAAUUUCUUCCAGGUACGACGGUAUCGUUGAUGCGCUCAGCUACAAACCAGGCGAUAUUGCUACAGUUGGUUCGCCUCUUUGCUACAUUCGCACCUCCGAGGCUGGAGUGGCGCCUGAUGCGGACACUCAAAAAGAAAGCAAGGAGGAAACGGUUCAGCAAGCAGAGCCCGCAAAAAGAUCUCAUAUAAAAGAUCAUUCACAGAGCUCAGAUGCAACAACCAAAUCAGACGGAAUUGCGCUCGCAACGCCCUCUACGAGAAGAUUAGCUCGCGAGCACGGAUUGGAUAUUGACGUAAUAACUGGGAGGUAA